AAUGUGAUGCAGAACAUGAUCACAUGACUAUCUGAUAUUGUAAUGAAACUGACAUCUGUAUGUCAUUGUGUUCUACGCUAUUUGAUACACAAACUCGGAGAAGGGGCUUGUGAGAUUAAAAGCUCGAUAUCAUGACGAAAAAGGAUAAGAAGGAGAAAGAGAGGAGGUCGGGCCCUCCACCUAUGAAACCAGGACACCAGUACCUAAAUCCUGACAAGGAUGACCAGAUGGAAAUCAUUGGAUAUUACCCCAACACCCUUAAGAUAGUUAUCGUAUGGGGUCUCAUCGUUAUGACCGGAGGACUACUUCGUCUGUUUUACUAUUGGUUCCCACAUCUAAUGAUAAAGAGUUCUCACACGCGAUGCGACCUACAACAUGCUAGCAUCGUUCUCCUCAAGGACCAGUAUCAACAGUGUUUUGUCUCCAGAGUAAAGACCAGUCAGGAAGAACCACUACAUAACACUUGGAUCAAGAAGAGGAAAGUAGCUGCUGUAACUGGAGUUGGUUACAAAACAUCAUCCUCAUCAGUAGUCUUGGAGAGUAUGACUGCUUUAACUGCUGUAGGAUGCGACUCGUUUAAUAUUGACUUUUCAAGGUAUUUUAUUACCAAGAAAGAGAAAUACAUUUGGAAUGAUGAGACAAACGUUUUUCAGAAAAUGAAGGGUCUUGAGGACAAUACAGACUGUUCAUUCUUUCAUAAACUUGAGGGUUUGUCUAAAGAUCAACAACAGGAAAGGCGUAUUAGGUUUGGAGAAAAUUCCAUUCGAGUUCACGUAUCACCUGUGAUAGAGAUAAUCUUAAAGCAGGUGAUGUCACCGUUCUACAUAUUUCAAAUGUUUUCGUGUGCUCUUUGGCUUCAAGAACAAUAUUAUUACUAUACCAUCAGCCUCCUGGUCAUCAACUUCUUCUCUAUCGCGAGUUACAUCUACCAGACCAGAAAGAUGCAAAGAGCCCUGCGGAAUACGAUUGCAAUGUCUACAAUAGUAUCUGUCUGCCGGGGAGGCCAGGUGUACGAGGACAUAUCCUCCGAGGACCUGGUCCCUGGCGACGUCAUAGAGAUCCCAAGACGAGGCUGCAUGAUGCAGUGUGACGCAGUACUCGUAUCUGGAAACUGUAUCGUCAACGAAAGCAUGCUGACAGGUGAAAGCGUCCCAAUGACUAAGACUCCUCUACCCAGACACGAUAAUGAGGAACUGUUUAGCAUCAAGGAGCAUGCGCGCCAUGUGUUGUUCUGUGGUACCAAGGUCAUACAGACACAGCAGCAAGGUCAAGACAAGGUCAAAGCCAUUGUUGUCCGCACAGGCUUCAGUACAACAAAGGGUGGCCUUGUGAGAUCAAUCCUAUACCCCAAGCCUGUCGAGUUUAAGUUUCAGCGAGAUAGCUAUAUCUUUAUAGGCUUGCUCUCUUUAAUGGGAGUCGUGGGUUUCACGUAUACUAUCAUAAUCAUGAUACAGCGUGGCUUUUCCGCGUCGGAGAUAAUCCUCCGGUCGCUGGACGUAGUCACAACAGCAGUGCCGGCUGCGCUCCCCUUGGCCUUGACGAUUGGUGUGGUGUUCGCCCAGAGUCGUCUACAAAAAUGUAACAUCUACUGUAUAAGUCCUAAUAGCAUCAACGUUAGCGGCACAAUCAACGUGUUUUGCUUUGAUAAGACAGGUACUCUGACAGAAGAUGGUCUGAAGCUACAAGGAAUAGUACCGGUGUCUGCAAACAGAUAUCUGCCCGAGACUGAGACACUUCAGGAAUGGAUGGGAAGUUCAUUGUUCAAUGCCAUGGCUACGUGUCAUUCACUUACUGUUAUAGAAGGGGAGACAACUGGUGAUCCCUUAGAUCUCAUUAUUUUUGAAGCCACAGCCUGUAGUCUGGCUGAAUCAAGAGCAGCUCAUAGUCAGUUUGCCUUACCCGUUUCUACUGUGGUCAAACUGCCGACAACACAGAAGUCUGAUACAAACAUGUUGGGGAUUGUCCGGCAGUUUACCUUCACGUCAAACCUACAGCGGAUGUCAGUUAUCGUUAGCGAAUCUGGGAAAGGCAAGGACAAGUUAAUGGUGUACUGUAAAGGAGCUCCGGAGAUGAUAAUAUCACUUUCCAAACCAGAAUCGGUUCCGCCAGAUUUCCAUGACAUUUUGGAGAGCUACACUAAACAUGGAUUCCGUGUAUUGGCAUUAGGAGGAAAAGAUUUGGAGGGUGAGGUCAGAGAAGACCAGGUCCAGAAAGUUCCCCGGCUGGAUAUGGAGAAAGACUUGAAUUUCCUUGGUCUCCUGGUCAUGGAAAACCGCCUUAUGGAGGAGACAACCCCUGUUAUUCACCAACUUAGAGAUGCUGACAUAAAGACAGUUAUGGUUACAGGUGACAAUAUUCUGACCGCUCUAUCGGUUGCUGAGGAGUGUGGAAUGGUUAACGAGACUGAUAAUGUUAUCCUAGUACAGGGGCGUGAGCUAGCAAGUGACUCUGCUCCAGCAUACCUGGAGUAUACAUAUGCAAACAAUGACAGGGUUGAUGCAAUACCAAAUUCAAAAGACAGAAAUCUAAGGUUUGCUCUGGAUGGGAAGACAUGGGCUAUAAUUCGUCAGCACUUCCCUGAUGUCCUCCCCAAAAUUGUACUAAAGGGAGUCGUGUUUGCUAGGAUGUCUCCAGAACAGAAAGCCCAGCUGAUCGAAUCUCUGCAAGACUUGGGGUACUACGUGGGGAUGUGUGGCGACGGAGCCAAUGACUGUGGGGCCCUGAAGACGGCACACGCUGGCAUUUCUCUGUCAGAGGCAGAGGCGUCAGUCGCAUCACCUUUCACAUCUAAAAAAGCAAAUAUUGAGUGUGUUCCUACACUAAUCAGGGAAGGAAGAGCAGCCUUGGUAACGUCAUUCGGUCUAUUCAAGUUUAUGGCAUGCUACAGUCUCACUGAAUUCACUUCCGUGUGCAUUCUGUACUGGGUGUCACAAAACAUGUCAGAUUUUGAGUACCUUUAUGUGGAUAUGUUUUUAUUGGCCACUUUGGCUGUGACAUUUGGGAGGACGUCUGGAUACGAUUACCUGGUGAAAAAGCCCCCUAUCAUUAACUUGUUCAGCGUUGGUCCCGUGCUCUCGUUACUGGCGCUAGUGGGUGUCCAGAUAUGUUUCCAGGUCUUCUGUUUCCUCCACGUUUCUAAACAGGACUGGUAUGUGCCUCUGGUCAGUAGAUGGGAGUAUGACUAUACGAGUUACCAAAACACCGCCGUAUAUAUUAUGUCAUGUUACCAGUAUAUCAUUCUCGCCAUAACCUUAUCCAAGGGGGAGCCCUAUAGAAGGUCUAUAUUUACCAAUUACUGGUUCCUAGGAAAUAUAGUGGUGUGCACUGCUAUAACACUGUGGCUUACCAUUUACCCAGUACCAGGAGCUGUAACGUUUUUAGAGCUGAAGCCAUCCCCGUCAGUCCCCUACAGGUUUAUGUAUGUUGGUCUAGCCAUCAUGGAUUUCUUAAUUUGUAUUAUGCUGGAGGACUACGUUCUCAGUGAGACGUUUAUCAGCUACAAACUUCAGGAAAAGUUAGAAGAGUGGCUGGCAGGCUAUCGCCACACCUACUCUCUACUAGAGGAGGAAAUGGCUGGUGAUGAUUGGCCACCCAUUAGCAAUCAACAGCCAAUCAACCCAUCAGUGCCAAAUAAUGUCAAGAUGACAUCCAAAAACACUACAAUUCAAAAUAGCAAUGUUUCUAUCCAGGAUGAGACAUUUAAAUUUGACAAGAAUAACCACUUGCAAGGCUAUGUGAAUACAUCUAUGCACAAAUUAUGAUAUUUAUUUUAUUUAAUAGGUUGUACACCGCUUAUGAGAAUUUUUUAAUUGAUAAUUGAUGCUUAACUAGAGAAGUUGCAAUGGUUACCUAGCUCACACUCAUUGAAUAUUUCAUAUUAUGUACUUGUUUAAAAUGGUGCUUUGAAUUAUAAUUUAAAAACUCCAGCACACCGUCAACGCACAAAAACAAAAUCGUAAGCUCAGAAUGGCGAUAUUCUUAAAUAUUAACAAAUGAAAUUGUCUUUUUUAUUUUUUACUUUUAUUGGAAAAUUGUUACUUUUUUCAUGAGUAAUUUCGAUGAAAAGUAUUUCUUUGUGCGCCAUGCGCCGGGCAAUACUAGGACAUCAUCUGGUUGUUUUCAUGAUGAGGUCAUAAGCGCUUGUCAAUGGCAGGACAAUGAUAUAUUUUCCUUGAAGCAAGCGUAGAAGACAUUGUCGAAUAGGAGAGAAUACGCGUCUAUUCUACCUGUGAUGCUCGUUAUGUCUGUCGUGAAAUCAAAAACUGCUUUGGACAUGAUUUUUCUUACAUUCAUUGUAACAGCUCACGUGAGCCAAAGUGUUCACAUCAGAGAAAGCCUUACUGCUAAAAACUGUAAAUACGGAUUGGAAACUGUUUUUCCGGCAAAAUAUUAGCUUUGAAAAAUCGUUUCUGAAAACCUUACGGGACUUUUAUGAAAACAGGCUAUAGGUGAAAUUGAUAAAAUAUAUGAAUCAACAGAUAUUCACCAGGGCUAGAUCAAGAAUCGAACUCAUGACUUCAUAUUGUAUUCAUAUGGUAAUAUCCUGGAAUAAUUGAUAAAGGGCGAAGUUAUUCAUUUUUUGUUAUAAAUUCCAGCUAAUAUAAAGUAAAUCAAUCAUGCAUGGGCAUGACGUCACAAUACAAUGACAAUGCCUUUUUUCUAAUUUAUUUUCCAUAUUAAGUAUUGUAUCUUUAUUUAAUGCUGUCUUGUAUAUACACUUUAUAUUUCCAGUAUAAAUCAAUCUUUGAUGUGCUCUUUCCAGUGGUAUAGACAAUUUUUAAAUAGCUUCACUCUUUGGUGGGACAUUUCUUUCCUAUAUAUAUACAUAUGAUACAGUCAUAUUCCGUCUUUGCGUAUUGCAGAGUUAUCUUCU